UAUAUCAAUGUCUACAAGUCCAUUCCUUCAAACCUGAUCCAAUAUUUUUACACACACACAAAAACAAAAUAUGAAGACGAUCAAUGUGAUGCUAAGGAAAUGCAAGACAUUAUCAAAACAACUCACACGAACAUCGUCGUCAAACAACGUUAGAUCAAAGUCUAGUAGACAUUUUCAGUCUGUAGGAGGGAUCAUUUGGAACACUAAUGCCAUAUCGGCCGUAUAUGACGACCACAGCCUUAGUGAUUCCGAACAAGACCCUAAAGAACCGGUUUACGUAGGAAGUACAAGGAAACGAUAUGUAAUUAGCUCAAAGUACUUAUGUCAUCCAUUGGUGAAUGCUCUCAUUGAAAAAGUGAAGACAAAUGGCGAUGUUCACGAUAAUGAUAACGAUAACGAUAAUAAUGUUGUUUCGGUUAUCAAUUGUGAAGUUGUGUUGUUUGAUCAUUUGUUAUGGAUGCUUGACAAUAAUGCGGAUUUAAAUGCUAGUACUACGGAUAGUUUGGAUGAACUCGCGGAGUUAUAUUCUUCAUGAUCGAUAUUGCAUUUUGGUCUCUUUGGAACGAGGUCUAGUAAUUGGAUUAAUAUGUUCAUAAAUAUCACAAUAUUAAGUUGUGAUCAUUAUUAGUUUUGAUUUUAAUCAAUUUUUAUGAGUUUAAUUAUUUCUUGUUUUAUAAGUAUGUAUAUGUAGUUUUUAAAUUUUGUAGCUGAUGAUUCAUCGUUCUUGUAUAUUUAACUUGUAUGAGUUCGAGAAUAAUGUUAAUGAUUAUGGUUAUAUUAAA